GCAGAAACACAAUGACAAACUAUGACAGUGGAAAAUAUCUGUGCGUAUUGGAAUUUGACCGUUUUGCCUCCUUACGUGGAGCUGCCGGGUUUCACACUGACAGACCUGAAGACUGCCUCCCUCUCUGUUUUUUUUUAUUUUUCUUUUUACGCGCGUGUUAGUUGUCUCGUGCUGCAUAUAAGCUAUUAAACCCAUAAACCAAUAUUUUUUCAAAUUCUUUUAUGCUGCUGUUCUCAUGGUAUCUCGUGUGUAAAAUAACGGUUAUGUAAGUUGUUAUUAUUAUUAUUAUUAUUAUUAUUAUUAUGGGGAUGGACUUUGCCUACAUAUCGAAUUCAUCUUUUUCAUCCUUCAGUCCUGAGAAUGUAGAAGAAGAUCAGGAGCAGUACAACAAUGUGCUCAUGCCCAGCAUCUUUGGUGUCAUCUGUUUCUUUGGGAUCUUUGGAAACUGUAUAGUCAUCUACACCAUUGUGAAGAAGACCAAGCUCUGCUCCCAGCAAACAGUACCAGACAUAUUCAUCUUCAGUUUGUCCAUCGCAGACCUCCUCUUUCUCCUUGGCAUGCCGUUUCUCAUUCACCAGCUUGUGGGUAAUGGCUCCUGGUGCUUUGGUGGCACCAUGUGCACUGUCAUCACAGCACUUGACUCCAAUAGCCAGAUUGUCAGUACAUACAUCCUGACUGUAAUGACUCUUGAUCGCUAUCUGGCCACCGUGCAUCCCAUCCGCUUCAAACACGUCCGAACCCCCUUCAUGGCCGGGGCGGCGGUCGCUCUGGUGUGGGUGUUUUCUCUGGUCUCCAUCACUCCAGUCUGGAUGUACACGGGACUCAUGCACCUCAAGGACGGCUCGGUCGGCUGCGCCCUCCUGCUGCCCGACCCCGCUACAGAUACAUACUGGUUCACCCUCUACCAGUUCUUCUUGGCCUUCGCUCUGCCUUUGGUGGUCAUCUGCGGGGUCUUCUUCAAGAUUCUCCAAAACAUGUCAGCUACAGUUGCUCCACUGCCCCAGCACAGCCUGAGAGUGCGGACGAGAAAGGUGACCUCUAUGGCAGUGGCCAUAUGCCUGGCAUUUUUCAUUUGCUGGGCCCCUUACUACAUCCUGCAGCUGGUCCACCUGGGAGUUCAACGGCCCACCUUUGCCUUCCUGUUUGCCUACAACAUUGCCAUCAGCAUGGGCUACGCCAACAGCUGCAUUAACCCAUUUAUCUACAUUAUUCUAAGCGAUACAUUCAAGAGGAAGUUCAUUGUAGCCAUUCGUCCGUCUCACAGGGUUUUCAGGGUUGCCCCCGCUCUGGCUGAUGGCAGCAUGAGUCUGAGGAUGGCAGCAGACAGCUUGCAUCCAUCUCACUCGCAGUCAUCGGGGGAACUGCUUCAAAACAUGCUGCCGGUCACUGUGGCCGUGCGCUGAGAUGAGACAGUUAACCAGUCAGUCCACGACCACUGCCAGCAAAUCACCAUCUGCCACUACUGAGCGCCUGUUUCCCCAGAACACACCUCUGUUUACAUGAAGCUGCAACCAAGGAGGAAAACUCAUUCCACAUAGCGACUUUAUUGAACUACACACUACAUUUAUGCGCCAAGUUGUUAUAUAGUGUGUGACAUUACAAGGUCAGUUCAGUGUGAGUUGUUAUCAUAGAGAAAAAAGGAACAUCAGUUUUCUUCCACCUUAUACAUAACAUUUUCAAACUCAGUGAACUACAGAAAACACAUUCAGAUAUUGAACUAUGGAAUGAUUCAUGAUUACUGUAUCUCUGCAUUUAAAAAAAGAGGACAGUUUCUGUUCCACACAUGGCUCAAUAAAGGCCUUCAAACUAAUAAUAUAUUUUAGUGCACCAUGUUAUUUUCACCAUGCAGAAUAACAUUAACCUCAUGAUUCUGCAAACCUUGAUUCUGUACCUCAUCAUAACAGUUUUUAUCAUCUGAAAUAUCAUCCAUCAUCAUAAUCAUAUCAUCACAAAUAUUUGUUUUAACUGUAUUUAAUUGUAUUAACUGGUGUAUAUUGCGACCUGCAGUCAGUAUUGUUGGAUAAUUACAGAAUCUAUUGUGUAUUUCAUUAUGUCCGUCACACAGUUUGCCAGUGUAUGUGAUUUUGACCGAGCCAUCGCACUCGCAGCCUGAUCAUUCUAUCAAUAGCGAAUAUGUGGCUUUUGUAUUUUACAGCAAAAAUCAUGAGUCUUUUGUACAACACCAACUGCACUUUAUCACAUUUUAAAUGAUUGAAUGUUGUAACUUUGGCAGAAAAAACGCUGCCUGUCUGUUUACCGUGUCAUUGCUUGUGUAUUGAAACUUAUGAAAUGUCAAAACACUGUAUUUAGCAGUGGAACACCAUUCAAGCUUGUACAAACAGUGUGUGUAGUAAUAAGUGUAAAAGCUCUGCUAGGUUUUAGAGGAACCUGCUGCUCUUCACGUGCCAUGUGACUGAUGUGUUUUGAAAUCAGUGGCUAAGUGGCGACAGAUUGCAUGUUCUCAUCAGCGAGGACAGAGAGUCUGCGUCACAUAAUGGCUCCAUUUCAUUUUAAAUGCAGAGUUUUCUCUGUGGGAGGUGAUGGUCUAUAGGUCCUGCUUAUGUUACAGAGAUAAUCCUGUAGAUGUCAUUACUUGUAUUAUCCACAGUGACAUUAUACUGCAUGUGUGUGGCUGUCGUGGCUUGUGAUGCUGUGAUGCGGGUAUUAGUCUCUGUGUAUUUAACUGGGCAUCUUAACCGUGAUGUGAACGCUGUGGAAAUGUGCCUCUUUGUAACCUGCUGUAUGUUUGAACUGGUUAAUCCUACUCCAGGAGAUACAGUGGACUGUCUUUGACAUGCAUGAAGUGAAAUAAAGUGUUGAGCUCAAUUGAAAUAUAUCUCUUUGGAAAAUCAUU